AUGUAUCAGUUUAUUAUAUUUAGAAGGCAGUUUCUGUGGGGAAAUUCUGGAGACAAAAAGAAGAUCCACUGGGUCGCAUGGGAUAUUGUUACUGCUUCUAAAGAGGCUGGGGGUUUAGGCAUGGGAACGAUCAAAUCUUUGAAUAUCUCCUUAAUGGUUAAGUGGUGGAGGAGAUUGAGGACUGAAGCAUCAACAAUUUGGACUGCGGUUAUUAAGGGUAUACAUAAUUUGAACUCAAAACCAGAUGACUAUUAUGCUAAUAAUCGACUACCAGUUGAAUCUUGGACAUGUAGGCUAACUUCGGAUGGCAUCUUUGCUGUCAAUGCGCUACGAAAAAUGUGGGAUAGGAGCUUACCUAUUUCCGGGAGGAAAUUCGAAUGGAUUCGUGAAAUUCCAUCUCCUUUCAUAAUUUUUGCUCGGAUCGGGUUGGUAUCCAUUCGAGAUUUUCGGCGGUUCAUCGACUUACCCAGCUGGGCUUGGGAAUCAUCAAGAAAGUUGCUGCAAUCUCUGGAUGUAAUCGACCAAGGAGGAGAUGCAGGCAUUUAUGAUAAGAGGGAUGAAGGGUGGAUGGUGGUGGCUGCAUACAAGACCGAAGAUGGGUAAAAGGCAGAAAAGAAGGAGGGUUAUAGGUUGUUCUUCGAUGUUGCUGGUAAAUAGCAAGAAUGAGAAGGAUAAGGGGAUUGUGGAGUAAAUCUACAGUCGAUGGUGGCUAUAGUUUCGAUAGUUUGGAGGUGAUGCAGGUGGAAUAAUAGACGAAGUGAAGAAGAAGGGGGAAGAGUUGACGUCGUCGUGCAUAGGCUUUUAGGGCAUUCUUGAAUAGUUUUUUUAUUUUUAAUUUAUUAAUAAUAUGAAAAUAAUAAAAGAAUAUUAGAAAAUAUUUAUUAAGGGCAAUUUAGUUUUUUUCAUCUUAGAUAGGGAUCAAGUUGUUGGAUUAGGUGUUUAAACCCAUAAAUAUAAUUAAUAUAUACAUAAAUUGAUAGUAACACAAUCUUUUUGGGUUGCUUUUAAAACUAGCAACUAAACAUAAUGAUUUUUAGAGAGAGCUUGAAUUUAUUAUUUGAAUAAUAAAUUAAGAUAAUUGAUUUAUUAAUGUAUUAUGAAAAUAAUAUAUUAAUUAAAAAUUAUAUUAUUUAAUUAAU